GCAGCUCCGGGACCACCGAGUCACAGGAGCCCAGAGGGGGGCGGGUCACCCACCUGGCCCCCCACUCCACCCCCAGCAGCUGCUGCAGAAACUUUGCGCAAACUCUGCGCCCCCGGGUGGCAGGAGACUGGCAGCGGGGGGCUUGGCAGGAGCACAGGGGGCAUGAGUGAGUCCGGAGCCGCCCCGAUGUCCCGCAAACAGCGGCUGAUGGCAGCUCUAGGUGAAGGCGAAGAGACGACGCCCGGAGCGGGUGAGCAAGGGGACUGCGGCCAAGGACUGCUCUAUUGCUUUAUCUGCGGCGGAGGAGUGCCCAGGGGCCGAGAGGUGAGAUUGCCCGUCCGCUGUCCGGCUCGGGAGGGAUGCGCAUUCUUCCCUUUUCUCCAGCAGCAAGAGCCGGCGCCCGGGGCGGAGCCGCUGAGUCCGGGGGGCUGCGCUCGGGUUUGCGCCGUGUGCCAGCGCUUCUUGGGGGCUCAGUGGGACGCGUUCGAGCGCAGCCGGACCCCGCUGGAGAAGCGCAUGUACUGGCUGAAGAGGCCCUACCAGUGCGGGGACGGGGCUCGUUCUCACCCCCGAGACUGGAAUCCCAACUACGACUCGGAGCUGUCUGAACUGUCCGACAACGCGCUCAGCGAGGCAGAGGACAGCACCGACCCCACGCAUGACAGGGAAGGGAAGACACAGUGGGCGACCCCACCGCGGGCACCCCUGCCUAGGGCAAGUCUGGCAACUUCUCAAGGCACCAUCUGUGACAGAGCCAGGCGUCCAAGGGACAGCAAGGGGGCAGAGAGUGAGCCCCAGAGACACCCGGACAGAGAGAAUGGACACUCUACCGGUGGCUGUUACAUCUGUGGGGGGAAUAGUGCCAGGCACAUCAUUCACGUGCAGAAACAGGAGCACUCACCUGAAACACCUUUCUUUCCCUUCUUGUGGUUACACAGCCCACCCCCAGGUGCUCACCCCAUUACACCCGGGGGCAGCGCAAGAGCCUGCACUAACUGCUUCUCAUCUCUAAUGCAGCAAUGGCAAAGCUUUGACAUGGCAAAUGUACCUGUCCUACAACGUCUGUAUAUGGUGCCCCUCCAUGCCAAUAGCUCACCUGAGAAACCAGCACCACAGCGCACAGGUGAUAUUUGUCCUAAAGGGCAAGGUGUAUGCUACUUGUGUGGCGAAGACUGUGCCAACCAGGCCAGACUGGUGCGCUCCAAGAAUACCAAUGGCAAUGCCAAAUCUAUCAUGCACUUUCCCUUCAUUGCCCAGCUGCCCUGCCCACCCAAUGCCCAAGGGUUGACACAGCAAGGUGAUGUGCACAGUUGUAGAAAGUGUUAUGGAGUGCUGGAAGAUAUCUGGGCUAUUUAUAGGGCAUCUCAGAAUGAGGACCUCAUCCACUCAGUGCAGAGCUUUCUUGGGAGGUAUCACCAGGUGUUUAUCUCAGCAGAUCCAAGCUACUCUGGAGGGUGCCACAGCAAGAGGCCAGGGGUCAUCAGCACUCACUCUGGUCCUACCUCCGUCUGCUAUGUUUGUGGAACAGAAAUGGGUCCAGGCUGUGAGUAUCAACUCAGCAUCAACCCACCCAGCAGAUAUGGGGACAAGGAGCCCUUCUUCCCUUUUCUCACUGUUUACCCUCCUGCCCCUGGAGCUAGGCCUGCUGAUUCUACUGGUUUGGUGUCCACCUGUGGGCUCUGUUAUCAUGACCUCCUUGAACAGUGGUUUCAGCAGGAGCUGAGAACUCAGCACCCCAGCAGCCCUUGGUCAAGACAGUACCAAGUGGAGACUUUUGUUUGCUUUUUUUGUAGAGUAGAGAAGAAGAGGAUGCUGGGAUUAAAGACAGUGAAAUUAGCCAGGCUGCCAAUCUUCUUACUGGCACCAAGAAUGCCCAAGCGCUUAUUAGUGGAUGAUGGAAAGCAGCUUCUUGUUGGUACCUGUACUGAGUGCAGACCUUUGGCAGGCAUCGAUAUAGCACCUGCAGGGUCUACCUUAUCAUCACCUGCAGUCAGCCAAAAGAUUAGCCCUCCUUCCCGGGUGACCAGCAUUACAGUAGCAUCCAGCGGCAAUCCUCUACCGGCAGAACCUACAGGCAAGGAACGUCCACUGGUCCGUGGUCAGGAGAGUUUGGAUGUGGAACGGGCAGAUCAAUCAACUGCAAGCAUGAACCAUGAGCCAAAGUCACCUUCCAUAGGAAUGCUUUCUACAGCUACACGGACCACGGCCACUGUCAGCCCCCUCACUCCCUCCCCUCUCAAUGGGUCCCUGGUACCUAAUGGCAGCCCAGCGGCCAGCAGCUCAUUAUCAGUCCAGUCCGCACCCUCCUCCAGCUUUGCUGCUGCGCUGCGUAAACUUGCAAAACAGGCAGAGGAGCCAAGAGGGUCUUCGAUAAGCAGCGAGUCUUCCCCAGUCUCAUCACCAGCUACAAAUCAUAGUUCACCUGCCAGUACACCCAAAAGAGGAGCCAUGGGCCCCAUUAUUGUGCCACCUGUCAGCCACAGUGUGCCGAACACCCCACCGGUGGUAACCAUUGCUCCAACCAAAACGGUGAACGGCGUGUGGAGGAGUGAGGCACGGCAGCCAGAUACAUCUUCUCGAGCUAGCGGCAUCAGCAGAGAAAGACUGAUUGCAGAAUCACAGCUCCCCCCAGAAAAGACUGGCACCCCCUCUGUUCCUUCCCAUCUGCUCGGGAACGCCUACGCAUUUGCCAUCCCACCGAGUUCAGUCGUCCAAGACGCACGCUACCAACCUCUAAACCUCCAGAGACCAGUGCACCAUGUUGUCCCUCCCAACGCGAUGACAGAAGAAUACCUGCGUAGCUUCCGUCCAUACCACACGGCUGAAGACCUGCGAAUGCCCUCACUGCCCCACCUUGGUCUAGACCCUGCAACUGCAGCUGCGUAUUAUCAUCCCAGUUACUUGGCCCACCACGCAUUUCCACACCCAGCCUUCAGAAUGGAUGAUUCCUAUUGCCUGUCUGCAUUGAGGUCCCCGUUCUAUCCUCUACACAGCCCUGGAUCCCUUCCCCCCUUACACCCCUCUGCUAUGCACUUACACCUAUCUGGAGUCCGCUAUCCCACAGAGCUCACACACUCAUCACUCUCUGCGCUGCAGUCGGACCGUAUUACAGCUGAGAGAAUGCAAAUGGAUGAAGAACUAAGGCAACGGGAAAGGGAAAGGGAGAGGGAACGUGAACGAGAAAAAGAAAGGGAAGCUGAUCGGGAGAGAGAAAAGGAGAGGGAACGCGAAAGGGAGAGGGAGAAGAAGGAGAUGGAGAGAGAAAAGGAACGUGAAAGAGAACGUGAGCUGGAAAGACAGAGAGAGCGUACAAGGGAGAAAGAGGCCAGCUUCUUAAAGACAAUGGAGAGCCCUUUCCUAUCGGAUCCUGAAGUGCAUCCUCUCCGAGCUCACCAAGAAGAACGACUCAAAGCAGCUGAGCAGCCUGCUCCCAACAGGCCAGAUAAGCAGAAGGAGCCUUCAAUUCAAACACCAAAGUCGGUUCAACACACAAUACACCAGUCUGGCGCUACCCACCAUUCUGUACCCAGCCUCAUUUCCAGCCAUGUUUCCUUCCCCGCACCAAGCAGCGCUGCAUCUGCUGCUCUCCUUGCACAGAGAACACAGGAGGAGGAGAAAUGGUUAGCCAGGCAGCGGCGUCUCCGGCAGGAGAAAGAAGAUCGGCAGUACCAAGUGUCAGAAUUCCGGCAACAAGUGCUGGAGCAGCAGUUAGACAUUGGUGGGCGGCCUCUUAACCCUCCAGAGCCAGAGACCAGGUCUGAAAACCUCAGGGUAGUAUCCGGUCGUAACGAUGGCAGUGUGAGAGAGCAAAUGCAACAUUUUGGAGGUCCUCCUCCACUCAUCUCUCCCAAGCCCCAUCCGCACACCACACCGACAUCUCUUUGGAACCCAGUGACUCUAAUGGAAAGCUCUUCAGAGAUACGCCGUACCCAGGAACCAAUUCCAGUUCAUAAUCACAGCGCUCCCGUUUAUGAACAAAGCAGACAGAGCAUGCCUCAAGUGAAAGUGGAACGUUCAUACUGCUUUGAGAAACAGUCCCAAGAGGAUGAGGAGGUGUCCAGGAGACGAGAGCUGUUGGAGAAGUACCAACCGGUGAGGGAACCCUCCUCUUUGGAACAAACUGGCUACUCCCAUGCACCAUUCUUGGCAGAGCUGGAGAAGUCAACACAGAGCUUCCUAAAUCAGCAAAGAAGCUCUCUCCAGCAGGCCAGUCAUAUAGCGGAAGGUACCCUGCUGCACAAGCCCAACGCAGCACAUCGACAAACCCAGCCAAGGACUCGAGACUCAAUGAUUGUUUACGAUGAGUUCUUAAAACAGCACCGCAUACUCAUUAGCAAACUGGAUCUGGAGGAGCGAAGACGAAGAGAAGCCAGAGAAAAAGGCUAUUAUUACGACCUUGACGACUCAUAUGAUGAAAGCGAUGAAGAAGAGGUGAGAGCACAUCUCCGUCGUGUGGCAGAGCAGCCUCCACUCAAACUGGAUACCUCUACCGAGAAGUUGGAGUUCCUUCAGAUCUUCGGCCUCACUACACAGCAAGAGAAAGAGCGUCUCCUCCAACAGAAACGAAGGAAGAGAAGGCGAAUGAUGAGGGAGAGAAGCCAGUCGCCUCCCACCAUCCAGACCAAGAGGCAGACUCCAUCACCACACUCUCCUCUUUCAACGAGGUUCAGCCCAGACGAUCUAAACAACACCCCCAAUUUGGAGGAGAAGAAAAAGUUUUUAACCUUCUUUGAACUUUCACACGUCAGUGCAGAGAGAAGGCGAGAUAAAGAGAAGUUAGUUGAAAUGCUUGAAGCAAUUAAACAGAAGAAUGCUGUGCCUGAGGCAGUGAAAAAUUCCCAAGUGGCUCCAUGUCGAAGUACUCCACCUCUUCCUACAGGUCCUGUUUCUGAAAACCAAGUGGUAUUGCAGCCAACUACAGAGUCUGACACACCGGCCUCUACUCCCUCUACUUCAUCAUGCACCGCUUCCUUGCCAGAACCUUUAAAACCACCAGAGCCCAAUCGCCCAGAGCCACCCAAGCCUUUAGACGUCACAAGGGUUCCCCCUCUACCAAUUCCAGCUCCAGCAAUUAAUGCACCCUCCAUGGACAAAAAAUUGCCAAGCGAGGCUCCACCUGCUAAAAAGAGCGUGAGCAUUUUAAACUUUGUGCGAGGACACCCUCCCAAAGAGACCUCAGUGCAGCAGCCACAAACUGUGAAUGGAAGAAGCAAAUCGUGGGAACCUUUCAUAGCGGAGGAGUUUGCUCAUCAGUUCCACGAAUCGGUACUGCAGUCCACACAGAAAGCUCUCCAGAAGCACAAAGGAGUUUCGGCUAUGCACAGCGCAGAGCAGAACCAUAAACCGGAUGCCUCGGUUCACUAUAACAUUCCCGAGCUCCAACACUCCAGCAGGCUGCCAGCUCCGCAUCAGAACGGGCAACAGCGUCCUGCUCAGCUAGGACUGGGAUGUGGCCCUAGGCACCAAGAGACCACAUCUGAAGAGGAGACCUCUAAUGAAGAGGAUGUGGAAGAUGAAGUACAGGAACAACCCAGGCCUAAGUGGAAGGGGAUUGAGGCCAUAUUUGAAGCUUACCAAGAACACACAGAAGAACAAAACCUAGAGCGGCAAGUUCUGGAGACGCAGUGCAAGCGGCUGGAAGCUCAGCACUAUAACCUGGGCCUGACUGCGGAACAGCUGUCACACCGUAUGGCGGAACUCUUGAGCCAGAAGCAAAAGAUAGCAUCCGAGAGGGAGCGGCUACAAGCGGAACUUGAACACUUUAGGAAGUGCCUUGUCUUGCCCACCGCAUCGUGGUGCAGGGCAUAUUUCAAAGGCCACCCCAGGUGACACCCUCCUGCACUAAGCUUGAAAGUACAAUAUAGAAAUAGUCUCUAUUUUAUUAUCUUGAUAUUUAAUAUUUUUACUGGGAGGAUUGGAAAAACCCACCUUUUUCUGUUACUAACUGCACCCCCUGAGAAAAAGACACAAAAAUCUAAAUCGAAUAAAAAAAUCUAUCUAUAUAAAUAUAUAUAUAUAUAUAUUAUGAAUGUGCCAUGCAUGACUCAGAGUUACGGCGUUUGGCAAAGAGAGAAAGGACCUAAUUUAACAGACACGUUUGCGGGCAUUUUCUUCACAAAUUGAUUUCACUGUUGGCACCUGCUUUACUGCAAACCAUACCUGGAUUUAACAUUGACAGAGACUUUUGGCUGCAUCUGACACUACAAGCAACUUGGCACGCUGUCUACCCCUCUGGACUGUGCUUGUUGUGGGUGCUUCCAUUUCGUCAUUGAGUUUCUAUAGUGCUCAUUCUUACGCUGCCAUCUGAUGGUUCAUUCAUUGUGUAUUUCCUGUUGAUCUCCAGGGCACCAGAACAUAUUUACUGAUUAUUAUUUUUUUUUUGCCGGGAGUCAAGACAUUAUUGUAUGUUCGUUUAAUAAAGAGCGUGAACAUGUUGUAAUAAAGGACAGAAACGUUCCAUUUGGCCUUGCAAAACUUUGCAGCUUGCAAUAUAUGAAUGCACUUAAACCCGGAUGUCUAGUUGGUUGAAGGUACCUUUUAACAUUCGCUGCAAGAUGGCUCAGAAUCCAUCGCUGCAAAGCUGCUGCGCAAGGAAACCAAUUGGAAGACAAACAUUAUGAUCAGGUGCUUUUGGCCUCAUACUGUAUAUAUUAUUAAAAUGAGUUUUUUUGUAUGUUUUUAUUAUUAAUUAUUGUUAUAAAAAAAAGCCUGCCAUUUCCAAUGCUUUUUGCAUUUUUUUUUUAUUUUAAUUAUUAUUUUGCAGCCAGAGGGGAGAAAAAAAAAUACACAUCCCUUUUGAAAAAGUUGCUGUUUAGUGUUUGUAUUCUGCUGCUGGUCAGGAAUUUAUCCUAUCAAAGUGUUUUUUGUUUUCUUUUUUUGAAAGAAAGAAUUAAAAGUUGAAAAGAAA